AUGCUGAUCAAGCUCAAUUUGCACUUCAAUAAUGACUGGAUGCCCUUUGGCUCGUUAUCAGUGCCAGUUGGAGAAAGCAUUACUGUAACCAUGGCUGAUGAGAAGAAAGCACCAAUUUCCAGUAAGGGUGCGAAGAAAGCCCAGAAGAGGGCGCCACUGAAAGACAGCAAGAAGAGGAAGAGAUCCAGGAAAGACUGUUACUCCAUCUACAUCUACAAAGUGACGAAGCAGGUUCACCCAGACGCCAGCAUCUCCUCCAAGGCCAUGAGAAUCAUGAACUCGUUCGUCAACGAUAUUUUCGAAUGUAUCGCGGGCAAGGCUUCCCGCCUGGCCCAUUACAACAAGCACAGCACCAUCAGCUCCCAAGAAAUCCAGAUCGCCAUGUGCCUGCUGCUGCCCGGGGAACUGGCCAAGCAUGCCAUGUCGGAGGGCACAAAGGCGGUGAUCAAGUAUACCAGUUCCAAGUGA